AUGUAUUUCUCAACAUAUAAAUCUCCUGAAUCUGUGCCCAAUUCAAAUAUUCUUGUACUUUUUAUUGAUGCUAAUGAUCCGGAUACAGAAGAACCUUUAAAUGUUAUUUUUGAAGAAUCGUUAAAAUUGGCAGAAAGUGGAGGAAACAAUAUUCAUUGGUUUAGAACAAAUCCAAGUUUAAAACUUCCAGAAUUAAUUGGAGGCAUUCCACGGUCAAAUAAUCUUUCAAUGAUUCACUUGCAUUACGGUAGGUAUUUAAUGAAAAAAUGA